GUGGGCGGGCGCGGGGCGCUGCCACGGUGCGCGGCUUGUAAACAGAUCCGGCUGCACGUGACCAUGUGAACUACCUGCUCCAGGGACGCGCAUUGUCUGUGUAUUUCCCGCGAGCCGGUCCACAAAGGAGCGCGGCGGGUCCGAGUGCGGGGAGGACGGGCGACCAAGCGAGGAGAGCCGGCUGGGACGCUAAGAUGGCUGAAGGCGCCCGGCGAGGGUGAGCGGGGGGCGCGGCGCAGCCAGCCGGUGAGUUCUCGGGCGGGCAGGACCAGCGUCGCCUCCCCCGCGGCCUGGCGCCGGAGCCACCAUGUCGUUCGCGCUGGAGGAGACGCUCGAAUCGGACUGGGUGGCCGUGCGGCCCCAUGUGUUCGACGAGCGCGAGAAGCACAAGUUCGUCUUCAUUGUGGCCUGGAACGAGAUCGAGGGCAAGUUUGCCAUAACCUGCCACAACCGGACGGCCCAGAGGCAGAGGAGCGGCUCCCGGGAGCAGGCGGGGACGCGAGGGGGCGCCGAGUCCUGUGCUGCCGCGUCCGACGGGACUCGCGGGCCGGGCAGCCCAGCGGGCAAGGGGCGGCCGGAGGCCACGGCUGCUGCGACUCCCGGGAGGAGUCCGGGGCCCCGGAGGAGCCCGGCCUCGGCGGAGAGCGGCUCCCCGCGGAGUACGCGCUACCUUCGGGGGGAUUCGCUGCUGCGGAGUUCAGCCGGCAAAGGGGCGGAGAGCCCUCUCCGGAGCCCCGUGCGGGCCAAGUCCGCCCCGGCCCGGAAGGGAUCUGAAGGCAGAGAUGUGGCGGGGGCCGCCUCUGCGGCAGUCCCACCGGCGCCCAAGGAGGUCCCCGCGUCCUCGGUGCGGGUAGUGAGCGCCUGCGGGGCGGUCUCCGAGGAGAUCGAGGUGCUGGAAAUGGUGAGGGACGACGAAGCGGCCCCGGCGUCCCCGGCGCGCUCCGACCCGGAGCCACCCGCCACUGAACUGGAGUCCGCGGCCGAGGAGUGCAGUUGGGCCGGGCUCUUCUCCUUCCAGGAUCUGCGCGCGGUGCACCAGCAGCUGUGCUCCGUGAACUCGCAGCUGGAGCCGUGCCUGCCCGUCUUCCCCGAGGAGCCCUCGGGGAUGUGGACCGUGCUGUUUGGGGGCGCCCCGGAGAUGACCGAGCAGGAGAUCGACACCCUGUGUUACCAGCUCCAGGUCUACCUGGGCCAUGGCCUGGACACCUGCGGUUGGAAGAUCCUCUCCCAGGUACUGUUUACUGAGACCGACGACCCUGAGGAGUAUUACGAAAGCCUUAGCGAGCUGCGGCAGAAGGGCUACGAAGAAGUGCUGCAGCGGGCCCGGAAGCGCAUCCAGGAGCUCUUGGAUAAGCACAAGAAUACAGAGAGCAUGGUGGAGCUUCUGGACUUGUAUCAGAUGGAGGAUGAAGCCUACAGCAGCCUUGCAGAAGCCACAACGGAACUCUAUCAGUAUUUACUACAGCCAUUCCGAGACAUGAGAGAACUUGCCAUGCUACGAAGACAGCAGAUCAAGAUUUCCAUGGAGAAUGAUUAUCUGGGUCCUCGAAGAAUUGAAAGUUUACAAAAAGAAGAUGCUGAUUGGCAGCGGAAAGCUCACAUGGCUGUGCUCUCUAUUCAAGAUCUUACUGUCAAAUAUUUUGAAAUAACAGCUAAAGCUCAAAAAGCUGUGUACGAUCGAAUGCGAGCAGAUCAGAAGAAAUUUGGUAAAGCAUCUUGGGCAGCAGCCGCUGAACGUAUGGAGAAACUCCAGUAUGCAGUUUCUAAGGAGACGCUGCAGAUGAUGCGAGCUAAAGAGAUCUGUUUGGAACAGAGGAAACAUGCACUAAAAGAAGAGAUGCAGAGUUUGCAGGGUGGUACAGAAGCCAUAGCCCGAUUGGAUCAGUUAGAAGCUGAUUAUUAUGAUCUGCAACUUCAGUUGUAUGAAGUACAGUUUGAAAUCUUGAAGUGUGAAGAGUUAUUGUUGACAGCACAACUAGAAAGCAUCAAAAGACUUAUAUCGGAAAAGAGAGAUGAAGUGGUGUACUAUGACACUUAUGAAAGCAUGGAGGCCAUGCUGGAGAAGGAAGAGAUGGCAGCGUCGGUGCAUUUACAGAGAGAAGAGCUGCAUAAACUUCAGCAGAAAGCACGCCAGCUGGAAGCAAGACGUGGACGGGUUUCAGCCAAGAAAGCCUACCUCAGAAAUAAAAAGGAAAUUUGUAUUGCAAAACACAACGAAAAAUUCCAUCAGCACCUUCAGAGUGAAGAGAACUACAGAACCCAUCAUACAGUACAACUAAAGAGAGAGAAAUUACAUGAUGAAGAAGAAAGAAAAAGUGCUUGGGUUAGUCAAGAAAGACAGAGAACGCUGGAUAGACUUCGAACUUUUAAACAGAGGUACCCUGGCCAAGUUAUAUUUAAAUCAAGCAGAUUGCGACUGGCUCAUGCAAGAAGUGCCGCCAGUCCUGUGCCCUGCGAGGACCAAUGCAACUCUGUGCCAGGAGCACUGCAGACAGAAGAGAAAAGUGAAGAGGUGCAGAACGGAAGAGGCAAGCUUGGGUCAUCACAGACAGCAGAAGCCCAAAGCCUCAUACAACUUGAAGAUACUUCAUUAGUACAACUUGAAGCCACUUCAUUACCUCUCAGUGGUGUUACCUCGGAACUGUGCCCCACUGUUUCUCUUUCACUUUUGAAUAAUAUUGACCUUGAACCAGGUUCUGUUACCACAGAUCCACUCCCGCCACCUCUUCCUCCAACACCACCUCCUCCACCACCUCCUCCUCCCCCGCCUCCACCGCCACCACCUCUGCCUGUUGCUAAGGACAACAUCCCAGAGAUUCUGGAGAAAGGUCUGCCUAGAGUGGAGGGGAACGAGAAGAGGAUCCCUAAAUCUGCGAGUGCCCCUUCAGCACAUCUCUUUGAUAGCAGCCAGCUGGUCAGUGCCAGGAAGAAGCUCAAAAAGACUGCUGAAGGUUUGCAGAGAAGGAGAGUGAGCUCACCCAUGGAUGAGGUGUUAGCUUCCUUGAAACGUGGUAGUUUUCAUCUGAAAAAGGUUGAACAACGAACUCUGCCUCCUUUUCCUGAUGAAGAUGAUAGUAAUAAUAUCUUGGCACAAAUAAGGAAGGGGGUAAAAUUGAAGAAAGUACAGAAGGAAGUUUUGAGAGAAUCCUUCACACUUCUGCCUGACACAGACCCUCUCACACGGAGCAUCCAUGAAGCUCUUAGGAGAAUCAAAGAAGCAUCCCCUGAGUCGGAGGAUGAAGAGGAGGCCUUGCCUUGCACAGACUGGGAAAACUAACAAGUGACUCACGAAAAAGAAAAAAAUACCUGCGGUUGAAGACCGAUUCAUAUUCUUUUGAAAAACAAAUUUUAAGCACUUGGUUCCAGAAUUGGAUUCCAUUAGAUCCAAAGUGUAUUGGCUCAGUGGUGUGAAAAAAGGAAGCACAAUUGGCAAGUUAUUACUUUUCAGUCAUUCCAAUAGAUGGUGGUUAACAUGAGUUUUAGGUGUGCAAUGUUUCCGACUACAGUGAAGAAAAGGCCUUCAGAGAGAUGCCCAUUUUUUUACCAUCUUCCCCUCCUGUCCACCACUUACACCCUUACAGUGGCCAGUAGAGCUAGGGGUUGCUGUGAGUUGGAAGAGCACUGGGUGGACAGGCGUCUACUGUAAGCUGUAUUGGGACUGCUUUGAAAUCCAUUUUUCAGGGCACUGAAUAGUCAUCUGCUUGAAAAUUACAGAGCUGCUUCCAUAUCAGCUUAUAUAAAUAGUGUGACACUCUGAAAAAGAAGUUUAUCCUGAUAGCCAUUGGACAGGAAUUGAAAGAAAAUCAGAUGAUGAAAAUUUUCACAUUACUUAUCUCCAAAGGAAUUUUCAUAAAGAUGUUCAACAAUAUCUGGAAAGAUACAAAACUAUGGAGAUACAUCUAGUUAUGUGUUUACCACAAUAUGAUACAUUUAACAUGGCAUAUUUUUAGAAGACCACACACUCUUACACUUUGUAAGUUUUUGAAGUAAAAAUUUCCAUGCUUUUAAAUAGCUCUUCAUAAUUGUGAAUUUAUAAUAGUUUGAAUAUUAUGUGCAGCUUUGUUUAUGAGAAGCAAUACUUUGUAAUUUGAUAAUUCAAAUUAUUUUUGGUCUUUUUGUUUGAACUAUUGCUUGAUUACUGUAAUUCAACAUGACUUUCCUAUUAAGAAUCAAAAAUCAGGAUUCUAUAAUAGGAAUGCAGAUUCCUAUUUAUCAUGUCUUUUUAUCAUGUACCAUUUAAGUUUUUAUUUUUAUGCUCCACAGUGAAAAAAAAGUGCUCUACAGAUAUGCAGAAGAAAUUAGACAAGCAGAAAAGCCUCCUUAGCUGGCAUUUCACUAUCCUCACAUGCUUUGAGUGGAGUUUUUGGAUAGAGCCUUUGUUAUUGUCACUAAAUUAAACAUGUAUGUAGCUCUAGGUGCCUGUUUUGCUAUAAUGGAGUCCUAAAGGGUGCGUUUAUAUGAAUGGAGCCAUUAUGUGUUCUCAGCUGGACUGCUAUGGGCUUAAAUGAAGAUAGAUAUGUUGGACUCAGUACAGUACUCGGUAAAGUAAUUCUGUAUAAGACAGAUCUUGGCCUUUAUCUGAAGGGAGGACCAAAGUACCAAAAAAGACUUUUAUUUCUUAUGAGGCAAUUAUCUGACCUAGACUCAGAAAGCAGUCCCAGUGUAAAAGCCCUCCAAUGAAUCAAUAUUCCGGAGAAGAAGAAAAUGCUCACACCUUUGUCACAUUAAAGUGUUAUUUCCUUGAGAAUAAUUCAUUCAUUGACAUUUAGAAAAAUACAGGAGGAUGCAAUGUUAAAUUAACAGCAAAAGCACUAGAACUCUCAUAUGUCUAGAGGGAAUUGCUACCCAUUAGGUGUUACAGCUGCAAUUCCAAGGGUCCUGUGAUCUCCAUGAAGAUUAUCUCACACUUGAAGAUGAGUAGGUUAGAGCAGCCAGCUGUGCUCAUUCUCUGGUAAAUAACUUUCUCUAACACACUCACUUCCCUUGGAGAUUCAGAUUUCUGCUUCCAUAAAAUUGCAUGUUACUGCAGGUCAUCAACCUUUAAGAGUUCUCACAAAUAAUAUUAAAAUUUAAAAUAACUACGACCGGCUUGUCUAUCAAGAUGAGUUGACCAGUUGAAUCCUCGUUUUAAUUUUAAAGCAGUUUUAGACCCCAACAGGAAUAACGUUGACAUGGUUAAAUUCUUUUUUUUCUUGCCCCAGUAAGAUGAGCACCUUGGGCCUUAGUAUUUCAUUUGUAUAUAUUUUAGUUAUGAUGGUACUUAUAGAUCACAUUUCCACUUCCAAACUUGCCUGUACUAUUUAUAUAGUUUAAAAUAUUUGACAGCUAUAUUUCUGUUAAUGUAUCAUUUCGAUAUAUAAGAAUCUGCAAACAACUGCUUGCUUAUGCUGAAUCAGUUUAGAAGUUAAUUUACUAAUCUAAUCUCAACUACUAUAUAUUUAAAAUAGGGAAACAAGUAGGAGGUGAUCUGGGGGAUGUUUUGAGAACAGUAUUACUUACCGCUCACCUAAAUGUCAAUGUUAACUAUUUCUUCUACUAAUGCAACUAAAAUUAUGUAUAUAUAACCAGUGUGGAAUGUAUAGAAAAGGUAUUCCUAAUGAUUUAAAAUCCCAAUGGUACUAUAUUGUAGCAAUAUGAAAAAAUGUCUGGCUAAAAAAGAUUUUUAAAAGAUAAGCAACUGUCUUGCUUACUUGAUGAAUAUUUUAUAGGCUUAUUGAGUUUGUGAGCAGCAUAAAAGCAAUCAUUCCUUAAUUCUUCAUUGUGAAACUUAAACAUUUCUAUAAAAUGCAUUUUUAAAUAGACUUUUAGACACGACUAUGACACUUGAACAGGUGUAGUAUUUCCAUAGUGGGACUGUGGGGCUUUUCUUAUAUGAAACCGUAGAAAAAUUUCAGCACUUUUAUGUUACUAGAGGCCCAGUGCACGAGCCCGCUCCCCAUGGGGAGCAGGCCUAAGCAGGCAGUUAGACAUCCUUAGCACUGCCAUGGAGGCGGGAGAGGCUCCCACCACCGCCACUGUGCUCGCCAGCCGUGAGCCCGGCUUCUGGGUUUCUGGCUGAACUAACGCUCCCCCUGGUGGUCAGUGCGCAUCAUAGCGACCGGUCGUUCCGCUGUACGGUCGAUUUGCAUAUUACCCUUUUAUUUUAUAGGAUGGGGGGGGCCUUGGUUUUUACAAAGCUGAACUAUGUAGCAAUAUUUGGUAACAUGGCGUGACCACUUUUGUAAAGCAUACUUUGGCCAUAGCAGACACUAAGAAUUGAAAUUCUUUUAUUAGUGGAACAAAAAUAAAUGGGGAGCAUUCUCUCUGGGAUGGGACCAGUAUACAAUUAACACAAUUUAACUUUAUACAUUCCCUGAGACUCCAUUUUUAAUUACAUUCACUGAGUAUGGAAUGCUUUUAGCCUAAGAAAAGUUUUUUCUUUCACUAAAUACAAGGUGUGUUUUUUUUAAUCUUUAUAAUUUCAUUAUUAUGCACUUAACAUCAGAUACCAACCUGUAAAGUACUAAUGGGUCCUUAAAGGCCUUAUCAGGGAGUUGAAAUUUCAUAUACUUUACCGUGUUAUUUGUAAAAAAAAUUUUUGAACAGAUGUAAAACAUUUAAAAACUGUGGCAGACUCGUUGUUAAUGUGCAACCAUUAGAUAGUGAAAGCAGAAACCUUAAGUUUUGCCUAAUUCUUGCACUGAAUUUAAAUAAUAUAAAGUUAAAUGUGCAUUUUAAAUAGAUUUUAUUCCCCGUUUACUGCUUAACAUAGAAGAACUAUGCUUAAUGUAGAGGAUUGACCAGCAGGACUUGUUUCCGAUGGCAGAGAGGGAGGGAAGUAGAAGCACCUUACUGUGGGAGCAUGCUGCAUUUAUUUAGGCUACUGAACAAUUCAGUAGUUGUGUCUGAACUUUGCUGCAGAGUGCUCUUUAGUUAAAGCACAUUUAAAAAAUCUCUGCUCAAUUGCUUUGUAAAAUGAAGCAAUGGCAUUUUUUAUCCUAUAAUUAUAGGCUAAUUUAAAAGUUUUCCUACAAAAAAUGAGUUUAUAUUGCUGCCUAAACUAUCAUGUAUGUAAAAAGAGGCUUUUUAAAGGUAAGGGAGUCUGGAUUGUGUGUGUUAAAUGUUUGUCCACUGAAUUAUAUCGAAGACAUAUUCAUUUGGAAAUGUUCUCUUUUGCCCAUGGUAAAUGUAUAGCUUGGCAUUUGAGAAAUUUUAAUUGAAUUCCAAAUUUAUAAACGUUUCUCCCCUUCUCCAUGCAUUUAUUAGGACACUGUAAGGUGAAUGUACAGAAAAUACCUCUGAGAUUGACAUAUUAAAUACUUUAUCAAUGUUAUUUCACACUGAAUCUCAAACAUUGGUUUUGAGGGUUAGGGGAAAGUUUUUGUGUGUUUUUUAAAGUCAGGUAUAAUUAAGAUUGGCUUAUUUUGGGGAGUUAAGGAAGGACCAUGGAAAAUGAUAUUUAGACAUGUACAAAAGGUACAGGUAUUGGUUAUAGAGUUCAGUUUUAACAAGGGAAGUUUUGGUGUUUUGUUUUUUUCUUGCAUGUUCUGUGGUCAACUAUUCAAAGAGUAUAUAACAAGUUAUUCUAGCUUUUCCCAAUACUAAUUAAAUUGGUUUUAAGAAGUCUCCAUAAUCACAGAUGGCAUUUUCCCUUCAUCUGUUAACCAAAAGGAGUAGCCAAUAUAACCCAUAUAGUGACUUCUGACUUCUUCAACUUGGACAGAAUCCUCACUGUGUCACUGAAUUUCUCAUUGUACUGUAUGUAUUGCCAAGGUUGAAACCAUAAUAUGUAGUUUAUGAAAAAUUGAAGGCCACAGAUCAUUUUGCAUGAGUAAAGCCCAUUAGGGCUAAUGAAACUGACAUGUUUUUUAGCCUUUCCGGUCAAAUGAAAAUUUUAAUAGCAAACUGAUUCACCAUUUACUAGCUUUGUGCAAUAUUGUAAUGGUAGAAGCAAAACACUAGCACAUUGUGCUUAGCUUUUAAGGAUGGUUUUAACACCCUCACAUUACAUGGGCAGUGUGCACAGUGUAUUGUAAAUGCCAACUCUUGCAAAUUUACAAUACUUAAGUAUGCUAAAUUAACAUCCUAAAGUAUUAAAAGUACAAAGAAAAAACUUAAGCAGGCAUUUAUAGCAAUACUCUGAAAUCUCCAAUAAUUGUUUUGACUGUUGCCUUUUGCUCUUUAGUGCAACUUUUCUGCAUUGUAAUUAUUGUAUUGCUUUGUAUUUCAUGUUUUUUACACUCAUGACUUCAGAGUUAAGUACUUGUACACCAAGUAUUGCAAUCACCUUUCUCUUCUUGUACAUGCAAUGUAACAACAUACAGUUUUGGUGCUUAACAAUAUUCCAUUUUUUCUUUAAUAAAAUAUAUUUAUUGCAUUUA